AUGGGCACCGUCUUUCGAGUGUGUGCAAUUAAACUAAUGGACAAUAAGAAUCAAGUUUAUCAAGUUGAAUUACAAUUAACAUCGGAUGAUGAUAAACAGCUACGAUCACUUACUGAUCGGAUACGAGAAGAAGCUGGUGGUCUUAUUGGAUGGCAAAGAUUAGGUAAACUAUUGAUUAAAACUGGUCAGUUUAAUAAAGCUGAAGAGCUUUAUAAUAUACUACUCGAACAGACAUCUGAUCAGGGUGAAAAAGCGGUUUUUUAUAAUCAGCUCGGACUUAUCCAUUUCAAUCAAGGUGAUAAUGAAAAGGCUAUGCAGUCUUACGAACAAGGACUUAAAAUUCAUGAACAAACUCUUCCUUCAGACCAUCCUAAUUUGGCUACUUUAUACAACAACAUCGGUUUAAUGUAUGACAACAUGGGGGAGUAUUUGAAAGCACUUUCAUCUCAUGAAAAAGCACUUGAACUCUAUCAAACAACUCUCCCUUUAAAUCAUUCUGAUUUGGCUACUUCAUAUAACAACAUCGGUUUGGUGUAUGACAACCUGGGAGAGUACUCGGAAGCACUUUCGUCACACGAAAAAGCACUUGAAAUCCAUGAAAAAACUCUUCCUUCGAAUCAUCCUUCUUUGGCUACUUCAUUCAACAACAUCGGUCUGGUGUAUGACCACAUGGGAGAGUACUCGGAAGCACUUUCAUAUUAUGAAAAAGCAGUUGAAAUUCAACAAAAAACUCUUCCUCUAAAUCAUCCUUCUUUAGCUACUUCAUAUAGCAACAUCGGUAGUGUGUAUGACAACAUGGGGGAGUACGUGAAAGCACUCUCAUAUUACGAGCAAGCGCUUGAUAUUCAAAAAAAAACUCUUCCUUCGAAUCAUCCUGAUUUUGCUACUUUAUACAACAACAUCGGUAGUGUGUAUAACAAGAUGGGAGAUUAUUCGAAGGCACUUUCGUCUCACGAAAAAGCACUUGAAAUUCAACAAAAAACUCUUUCUUUAAAUCAUCCUUCGCUGGCUACUUCAUACAACAGCAUCGGUCUGGUGUAUGACCACAUGGGAGAAUACUCGAAAGCACUUUCGUUUCAUGAAAAAGCACUUGAAAUUCAACGGGAAACUCUUCCUUCGAAUCAUCCUGAUUUGGCACAGUCAUAUAACAACAUCGGUAUGGUGUAUGACAACCUGGGAGAGUACUCGGAAGCACUUUCAUCACACGAAAAAGCACUUGAAAUUCGACAAAAAGCUCUUCCUUCGAAUCAUCCUUCUUUGGCUACUUCAUUCAACGACAUCGGUCUGGUGUAUAGCAAGAUGGGAGAGUACUCGAAAGCACUUUCAUUAUACGAAAAAGCACUUGAGAUUCAACAAAAGAAUCUUCCUUCAAAUCAUUCUCACUUGGCUGCUUCAUACAACAACAUUGCUUCGUUGUAUAAAAACAUGGAAGAGUACUCGAAAGCACUUUCGUUUUAUGAAAAAGCAGUUGAGAUUCAACAAAAAAUCCUUUCUUCAGAUCAUCCUGAUGUGGCUAUUUCAUACAACAACAUCGCUUCGUUGUAUAAAAACAUGAAAGAGUACUCGAAAGCACUUUCAUAUUAUGAACUGGCUCUGGACAUCAAACAACGUGCACUACCCACAACUCAUCCCAGUAUUAAAAAAGUGAAAGAGAGAAUUGAAAUUGUAAAAGAAGAAAUGAAGAAGAAGAAGUGA